AUGACAGAAGUUGAUUUUGUCGAUAACGUGCUUCUCGCAUUAAAGGGAAAUAACACGGAGAAAAAAAUUGAAGCGAUAACGAAAUUAGAAGACGAAUUGUUGGAGGAAACUCCGCUAGAGCCGCAAGUAAUUAGUCAACUUGUGCCUGCCUUAAGAGAUGCUCUUAAAGGCUCUCAACAACAAGUUUCAUAUGUAGCGCUUAUAUGUCUGAACCCUUUUAUAUCUUUAAUAGCUGAAUCACAUCCAACAUUUCUUAAGAAUGUUGUUGUAGCUUUUUCAGCGGCUGUUAUAGAUAAGUUAGGGGAUACUAGAGACAAAGCAAGAGAUGCAGCAUUAAACGUUUUAUUGACAAUGUGGAUUUCAGCGGCCAAUGGCGGUAAUGUAAUCACGGCACCAUUAGUAACCAUAAUCAAAGAAACGGCCUUUGAGCAUAAACAGUGGAGAGCUCGCGAACAGAUUUUACAAUGGAUAGUAAAUUGUACUAGAAGAGUUUCGGAUUUUUCCAUAAAACAAUGGGUUCCAUAUAUGGUAAAAUUAUUGGAAGAUCCUCAUGAGCAAGUGAGAGAAACUGCAAAAGAUAGAAUAGUUUUACUUUUCAGUGGCGCGGCAGCACACGCUAAGUUAGAUCUUAAACGUGAACUCGAGAAGCAGUCAGUGCGAGCUGCAAUAACGGAAUAUAUUUUAUCAAAAAUGGGCUCUAAUUAUGGUGAGGCGAAUGACAUAGAAACUAUUCCAGAUAAUAUGACAGAGCCUAUAGAGGAAGAUUAUAUGAGCGUUGGUACUCCGAAUGAAGAAACAUCAAGAUCAAUAGGAUCUAAUAGACCUUCUAGUUCAGCAGAUGAAAUUGGAAUAAUGCGUAUCGAAAGUGCAAAAGAACUGGAAAAAGAGUUUCAAAAUUUAUUGACACCAUUCUCAGGAAAAGAAUCCGAACAAAAUUGGUUAAUUCGUGAGAGAAAUAUUAAUAAAUUGAGAUCUUUGACAAGAGGAGAUGCAGCAUCACAAUAUCCAGAUGCAUUCAUAAAUGGUUUGAAAUUAAUUAUGAGUGGUAUUCUUACAUCACUUACAAGUUUACGUACAACGCUUACUUUAGCUGCAAGUGGAUUAAUCAAAGAUUUAGUAUCACACCUAGGAACAAACAUGGACCCUUUCGCAGAUAAUUUGCUUGCAAAUUUAUUAAAGAUGGUUCAAUCAACAAAAAAAAUAGUGGCACAAGCUGCUGCAAACUCCGCAAAUUCUUUAUUCCAAUAUUGUUCAUAUCAUGCUAGACUUGUUACUCAACUUUGGCAUGCAAUGGAAGAAAAGAACAUUCAAUUACGAGCUUAUACUAUUGGGUUUGUGAAGACAGUUAUUCAAACACAUGCUGAUCGAAGGGACACAAUGGAACGAACCGGUGGUGUUGAAUCUCUAGAAAAGUGUGUCCGAAAGGGCUUAACUGAUGCUGCACCUAAAGUGAGAGAAGGAUGUCGCGAAGUAUUUUGGACAUUUUAUGAAGUCUGGCCAGAUAGAGGAGAAAAGAUUUUGAAAAUUUUGGAACCUGCGGUAAAAAAAAAGCUAGAACGCGAUCGACCAAGAAAUAUGUCAUUAACACCCUUAUCAUCAACAUCAUCACAACCGAGACGAUCCACUACACCUGCUCCAAAAAGUCGAGCUAGAUCUUCGAGUUUUGGUAAAUCACGACGACCUAGUAUUCCAUCUGAUAGUGGUGCUAGUGAUAAUUAUUCAAUGUCGAAAUCGCCAGUAAGUAAUCCAUCUACUUUACGUUCGAAAUCGCCCGCACCACCCUCCAUGAGAAGUAAAUCCACAACACCAAAAUCUCCCAUGAAGUCUUCACCAAUCAAAAAUGGUUCACCUAAUUCAACACAGAUAUCAAAUAUACAACCUAGAAAACUGACAAUUGUUGAACAAUUAGAACAUAAUGAUUGGACUACUCGAGUCGAAGGACUAUUCAAUGUGGCUGAAUUAGUUGUAAAAAGGUCAUUAGAACCAACUUCAGCAAACAAAACGGGAUAUGAUUUCAAAAAAUCGCCACUUCCCCCAGAUGAAGAAUUAGGUCCAAUAUUACUUAAUGUGUUGAACGAUCAAAAUCCUAAGGUUAUUGAAAACUUUUUGGCCCCUAACGUUAUUACCGAAAUGGCGAGGGUGAUUCGUCUCGAAAACUUAAUACCAAGACUUAUUUUAUUUGCUAAUGAUGAUAAUAAAUCGGAACAAUCGAUGAUAAUUCAAAAUCUUUUUCCUGGGGUGAAGAAUGCUAUCGGAACCGAACAUGCUCUUUUGGGUUUGAAUAAAUGUUUAUUAUUAUUAACCAAUUCCGGAACAACAUCGAAAAAGUCAUCCUUUGUAUAUACACUACCACAAAAACGUAAAAUUUUAAAUGGAAUUUUAUUGUGGUUUAAUGAAAUAAUUGAACCCAAAUUAGAGCUAGUUGAAAAUGAUCAAGAGCUUACUGGGUUUUUAGGAGAUGUUGAUAAAUACAACCUCCUUACAAAACGACUUAUUCCACUAGUCAAUAAUACUAAGGAAUCAUCAGAAAAUUACGAGCCUCUCAGUAGAUUAUUGAUAAAUUUGCAUAAACUAGAUCCUGAUGCAUUUGAAACCAUCUUAUUUUCUUUCGAAGGUAAAGUAGUAGAUUUAGUGGGUAAUAUGUUGCAAAAAGAGCGUGAAGAGCAGCAACAACGCGAGCAUGAAUUACAACAACAACGGCUGCGUGAGUUACAGCAGCAAAGAGAGCAGAAGCAACAAGAACGCGAAUUGCAAAAACAAAAGGAGCGAGAAUUACAAAAACAAAGAGAUCUUGAAUUUCAACAGCAACAACGCGAAUUUGAGUUGCAGCAACAACGCGAGUUCGAGUUACAGCAACAACGCGAAUUCGAGUUACAGCAACAGCGUGAAAUUGAAAUACAACAACAGCGUGAACUUGAAUUGCAGCAUCAACGUGAAUUAGAACUUCAAAAACAACGCGAAUUUGAACAGCGAGAAAUUGAACUUCAACAAGAACGCGAAUAUGAACUUCAACAGCGUGAACUCGAAAUACAACAGCAACGCGAAGCUGAAUUACAACGACAGCACGAAAUUGAAUUGCAUAAGCAACAUGAAUAUGAAUUACGUGAGCGUGAAUACGAAAGAGAAAUGCAGGCACAUCUAUACGCUCAUAGGCCUCCUCCGUUGCAACUUCAAUCGUCAAAUAAAUUUUCGUCCCAAAAUUCACCACUCUCUCAAAAAACUAUGAUCAAAGAUAACAUUAACGAUUGGGUGGAAAAUCAGAGGGUACCACAUUUAUCGCAAAGAGACGAUGAUUUAAGAAACUCUAAAGAAAAGGAUAUUUUAAGGGAACAAGAAUGGGCACGGAAAAAUCGACCAAAAACAGCUGAACCUCAUUGGCUUGAUCCACGUCCAAGAGAUAUUGAUAGAGUAAGAAGAGCAAAAACUCCAACAAGAGAGAAUGAAUAUGAAAGGCGAAUGUAUAGAGAAAAUGGUAAUUGGGAUGAAAGGGAAAGACUCAUGUCUAGGGAUAUUGAUAUGUAUGAAAAGGAUGAUAUAUAUGAUGAUAGGCGAAGAGAAUUUGAAUUGAAUGAGAGGGAUAGGCGAGUUCCCAGAGAAUAUGACAAGAAUCAACGAUUCUUAAAAGAUUCUCAUGAAGACGAACUGGAUGGAAGAGAUAGACGCCCUUUCCCUAGAGGUUCUAACCAGAACGAUUUUGAUGAAAGAUUAGGUGGAAGACGUUCACUUAAAAAGACAAAAUCAACUGAUUGGGACGAUAAAAAUGGACGACCUAUCCGCAAAGAGCGGGAUAUAAAAGAUAAUGAAUGGGAUGAUGUUAGUAGUCGAUCUUCAGGAAAAGAGAGAGAUAAUGAUUGGGAAGAAAGAAGUGUUCGAUCAAUACCUAGAGACUUGAGAGAAGGAGAUUUUGAUGAAAAGUUAAGUCAACAUUCUUCAAGGGAUAAAAGAGACCAAGAAUGGGAUGAUAGAAUGCAUAGGCUUCGACCAAGAGAAUCAAGGGAGAGCUUGGAAGGUAAAAAUACUAGGCCAUCGCCUAGAUUUCCUAAAGAUAAUGACUCUGAUGAAAGGAGUUUAAAGGCAUCACCGAGGGAUCCACGUAAAAAUGAUUGGGAUGAAAGAAAUGCUUAUCGUGAUAAUGGCUAUUCAAAUAACAAGGCACCUGUAAGAGGUCCUGAAUGGAUCGAUAAGGGUAGAUACAGGUCAAGAGAUAGUGAUUGGACUGAGAGCACAGAUAGACAAAGUGAAGCUCAUGAGGAGGAUGGAGAUACUAUAAGCGAAUUUGACUUAACUCAGCCCGAGAAAUCGAAUAUCAAGGAAAGAGAUCAUAAUAGUAAGCCAGUAGAUCGAGUUGUAUCGUUACCGCCGCCUCCACAUGAUUUAGGAUAUCCAGAAUUUGAUGAUAAAGAUCCCGAGCUUGCAAAUUUGAAACAACUUGUAGAAAAAUUGGAUAUGGAGGAGGAAGAAGAUAUAAAUGAUGAAAAUGUCCCGGAAAAUUUUGCUGACAUGACAAUAAGUCGACCAGACAGUAUUUAUAUUUCUGAAGCCGUAUGGACUCAGUUAGAGAAUACAAUGAAUGGCAACAUGAACAAUCCAUUCUACUUGAAUCCUGAAGAACGGUUCAAAAGUGAUAAUAAUGGGGUAGAUGUAAAAUUAGCACCAAUUCAAGAAGACGAAGUGCCUGAAGUGCCUGAAUCGACACAUGUUGAAGAGAAAUCCAAAUCUCUUGAUGAUGAGUCGUCUCAGGUAACGAUGGAUAACGAUCUUCCAAAACGAAUAUUACAGUCAACUGUUUCAGAAACAGUCACUGAAAAUUCUUCAAAGUCGGACUUACCAAAUACAGUUUCGGAGAUAAUAGAAGAAAAAUCUGACAAAUCAGUUCUUUCAUCAAUAAAUACCGAAUCUAUUCCAGAAGAACCAUCUCCCACUAAUAUGCCUAUAAGUAAUGUCUCCGCAUCUGAAUUACCAUUACCUGCAUCACCAGUUUCCUCAGUGGGUAGUGGUAGUUCAAUAUCUGGUGCACGGGAUAGAGCUUUAAAAAGAGCUGAACGAUUUAAUUCUGGUUCACCUCUUCCUGGUGCUGCUCAAGAGAGACGUUUAUUGCUUGCGACAUUGUUGGCACGUUUGCAUGGUUAUGAUACAGACGUUCACCUGUUUCGUAAACUUAUCAGAAUAUCUAAAGAAACGCAAUUCUCAAAUAGGGAAUUGGCAGAAGAUAUAUGGGAAAAUGGCGAUCGAUUUAUUGAACUAAUGAAUGCAUUAAUAGGAUUUUUGAGUGAUUCAGAACAGCAAAAUAAUGAAUUGAGAGAAGGAGCAGUAAUGCUACUUGGACAAUUGAUUAAUAAUCAACCUGAUUACACCAGGGGUCAGGAAAGAGAUAUAUUACGCAUUUUAUUAGAAUGUCGGGCUGAUUCAGCGUCGAAUAUAUGUGGACAUGCAGAUGAUACUUUAGAUAAUUAUAUUCAAAUAGUAGAUGCUAAUGUCGGAUUAUAUGCAUUAAUUGAUAUAAUGGAAUCGAGUUUAUUUAACACAUUUGGAAGCGUACCAUUACCUGGUAAUAGCCCUUCACAAUUCGGCUCAAAGACAAGCAUGAAAGGGUCUGCAUUUGUAGUUUUAUCAAAAUUGGUUAAAAGGUUCGAUAAGAGGUCAUUAGAAAGACAAGUUGGACGUGUCGUACCGUUAGCUAUUAAGGGAUUUAGUGAUCCAAAACCUGAAAUUCGAAAAUCAGUAGUCGAUUCACUUGUUGCAAUAUAUUCAAUAAUAGGGGAUGACAAUACAUUGUUCCAGUAUCUUGGUAGUUUAAACGCGGCUCAACUAAACCUUCUAAACUAUUAUUUUGAUAAAAGUCGAAAACAGCGAAGAGCCACAUCAUCACCUGGACGAGGAGUUCGCGUAUAA